CUGCGUCGCGCUCCCGAUCGGGCCACUGCGCGUCUUGGCCGUCGGCACAAUAGGCAGGGCUCCCCGUGCUCGGAGGGGGUUUGGUUCGGUUCCGUGUGGACUAAAAAAAAGACAAAUAGAGAAGGGAGGGAAAGGAUAGAAGGAGAAGGGAAAGGAAAGGAAGAGGCCGCCGCCACCGCAGAGGCAGAGCCGGGCUCCGCGUCCAUGGACGGGGCCACUCCGUGUCCGUGGCCUGAUGCGUACCGGCGGUAGAUCAGCCACAGCUACAGCCCUCGAGAUGCUCCGUGCUCUCCUCGGCUGCACAGUACAAGCGUCACCGAUACCGACCCGGGGACACAGCUAUGUUUUUCAGACGGGGAGCCAGGAUGCUGCGGUGGCUGGUGUGCGGUCGGUUGGGUCCAGUCUGGAUGUGGAAAGCGCUGCUGCUCUUUGUGGCCAUUGCUUUCGCUGGACAGCUGCUGGGGGUCAUCUUCAACAAGAGCAGUGGCCAACCAGCCACUCACUCCAUCUUCUCGUCCCCUGAUGCCCAGGGACCCUCUCUGGGCCCCUGUCAGCCCCACACCCACAUCAUGUUCCUGAAGACCCACAAGACGGCCAGCAGCACGAUGCUCAACAUCCUCUACCGCUUCGGCGAAGAGCGCAACCUCCGGUUCGCCCUGCCCCUGGGCUACCAGCUGGGCUACCCCCUCCCCUUCAACGCUCACAGGGUGAAGGGCUACCAGGGCCCCAGAGUGGUGGAGUAUAACAUCAUGUGCAAUCACAUGAGGUUUCAUAAGUCGGAGGUGGAGAAAGUGAUGCCUGAAGACACGUUCUACUUCUCUAUUAUCAGGGACCCGGUCGCUCUGGCCGAGUCCUCGUUUGCCUAUUACAAAGAAGUAGCCCCUGCCUUUCGGAAAGCCAAAGUGUUGGGCGACUUUGCGGAUGACCCCAUGAAAUACUACGACCCUCGCCUUCGCAACAACCACUACGCCCGCAACCUGCUGUGGUUUGACUUCGGCAUGGACAACAAUGCUAAUUUCUCCAUGGCUCUUGCUCAGCGCGGCGAGGACGCGAUACGCCAGACCUUCAAGCUGAUCCUGGUGUCGGAGUACUUUGACGAGUCCAUGAUCCUCCUGAGGCAUGCCCUUUGCUGGCCGCUGGACGCUGUGGUCUCAUUCAGCCUCAACGCCCGGCAGCAGAAGUCCAGCAGCACCGGGGGGAUGAGCAGGAGCUGGGUCAGCAAAGCAGCGGCAGCAGCGGGUGUCAGCGUCACGGGUGGGCGUUCUCAAAUGAAGGCGUCACCCAGUCUGUCUCUGACGGACGCCCAACGGGAGAAGCUGCGCCAGUGGAAUGCCUUAGACUGGUACUUAUACAAAGCCUUCAACCGGACCUUCUGGGAAGAAAUCUACAAGUUUGGCCCUGCCCUGAUGCAGGAAGAAGUGGCUCUCCUCAGGAUGCGGCGGGAACACCUGGCUCAGGUUUGUCUCAGGGACGGUGGGAAGCCUGUAGAUGGGUACAGGAUCCGGGACAAGAACAUCAGGCCCUUCCAGAGUGGAUUAGUGAAGAUCGUUGGCUAUGAGCUCCAGCCGGGGCUGGACAACGCCACCAGGACGGCCUGUCUGAGGAUGAUCAGGCCCGAGAUCCAGUACAAAGACCUGCUGGAUGCUCAACAGUUUCCACUUGUUUCCGCAAUGCAAACUCAACAGGGGCACCAGAGCCAGGGGCAGGCUGUAGCAGCCGGUGGCACUUCUUUAGGGCAGGACGCAUCCAGGACAGGAGAGAAAGCGGUGGAGAAGGGAAGCCGGCUAACGAGGAGCAACCAGCCCCUGACGCAAAAGCAAGAGAAGGGAAGAUAGUGUGACCUCUGGGGACCUCUUGUUCUUUGAACAAAUCUGACUAAUGAAAAUUUGCCACUUGCUUGUUUUCCUAAGUAUUCUCUCGGCUUUUGGUGUAAUUCUUGUGAUGUUUUUUUUUUAUCGCUGCCGUAACAUGAUGAAAUAUGGUUUUAUGUUGUUGGGGUUUUUUUUUUUUAAUGAAAAAAAAGAGACAAGAAGAAGACGAAGAAGAACAAAAGUCUGUCAGGGCCUGUGACAGUAGAAACAACACGAAGCAUGUUUUUACUUACUUUUAUGUACAUGGUUUAAAACUUCUCACUAAGGUACGCAUAGUCCUAGUCAGUGACUUUCCAACAAUGAUAUUGGUUGUAUCUUCCAAUCUGAACUAGGAAAUUGUUUCCUUUUUUUUUUGUUUAUCGGUUUACUGGUUUACUUUUUUUUUUUUUUGUGGAAGCCUUACAUGUUGUGAAACCACCUCUAGAACGAUCAACAAUUAGUGGGUAUCCUUAAGACAACCUCCCGCUUAAUUUAAUCUGAAUUUCUUAUAUAGUGGGAAUACGGUACAUGAGAGGGAAAUACUGGGAGUUACACCCAGUACAUUGUAAAACACUGAUUUCCUUUUGGCUCAGCAGUAUUGACUGUUAACACUAAGUUUACUUUGAUGAACGCACUAUUUCUCCUUCGGAAGCUCCCAGUUCAGUAUUUAUCUCCUGUUACAGCCACUGACCAGGACAACUUCUUAAAUAUCCCUUAAUAAUUGAAGAGGGUAAAGCAAUCCAAGGCCUCGGCUACGGUUCAUGGCUGCAGACGGGUUCAUGUCAAAAUUGGGUCAAAUCCCUUUCCUUCCUUCUAGUGUCUGCUGUGUUAGACAGUGUUAAUGUCUCAGAAGGUGCAGCGAUGUCCUAAACUCCCCAGAAUACUCCUCGGGUCACUACAGAUAGACCGAUACUACACUUCCAUCGUGCGGGAAUUGCGCAUAUGCAGAUUAAAUGGAUGAUGUACACCGAUCAGCCAUAACAUUACAACCACUGACAGGUAGGGAUGGAUAUCAUCUUAUACUGGUGACAAAUAGGUACUUUUGAUGCUGGUGCUUAAAGAAUAGAAAACAUACAAACUUUGUCCAAAAACGAUGGCUUUUUGUUUUUAAGGGAUUUUGCGACGUGCAAGUUGGAGUCACUGCUAUCAAACAACAAAAUGAUCGCUGCGUGAGAUUAUGGCGAUGCUAGUUCAUCCUACAUGUAUUAAUUUAUUUAUUUUUAGCACAUUAAUUGACAACAACAAGUUACUGGCAGGGCUGGGACUCUUCUGCUAACUCCGCUGGCGGAAGCAGAUGUUCUUGGCGUGGGGUCAGGCAGGCCAUCAAAGACGGUACAUUUCUUGUCUUUUAAAAAAACUACUAUGUGUCGUCAGAUGUUUAAGCUAAUGCCAGGUGUUAGCUCCCCUUGUUGCAGGUUGCUCAGUGUGCAUCUUGUGACCUUUUGGCAUUUUGAUGGUUUCCAUCCAUGCAGGUGAAAAACUGGAUGUCACAUCACGUGUAGAGUCGGCACCGCAAUAGAGCUCAGUCUGGUUGCUACCGUUAGCAUUAGCACUGGUGUCAUUAUGUUACCGGUAUCCAUCCCCACUGACAGGAGAAGUAAAUUACACUUAAACUAUCUUGUGACAAUUCAACAUUCUGCUGGGAAACUUUUUGGACCUGACAUUCAUUGGCGUGGAUGUUACUUAGGGCACACUCACACAAGAUGAUCACUCUGUGGCCAAGCACGUUUUCCCCCUGUAGUCCGGAUUCUAUGACUAGCGCGAGGGCAAGCAUACCGACUGUGCCUGGGUACAGUUGGAAGAGGUGGACUUUGGCAUGGAACGCCCUUAAGUACACUAUGCGUGAAACGUGACCGUGACGUAUAAAGCAAGGGACCAUCCCUGCAUCACAACAACAAUGGUAGUGACACAACGAUUAGGGUUAGGGUUAAACUUUGUGAUGAUGUCAUGCCAUGCGUAUGUCCUGUAUCAACCUGAUGAUGUAGGUACGUCACGGGACAACUGGCCCUAGUGUGAUUGCACCCCCCACCCCAUAGCAAUGACUCUCCUUGAUAGCCACAAAAACGCUUUAGGAACAACUCGUGAAGAACAUCACAAGGUGUUGACCUGGCCUCCAAAUUCACUAGAUCCCAAACUGAUCAAGUAUCUGUGAGAUGAUCCACCAUAGAGGACCCUCUCCUCAACCCAUAGGACCCAAAGACGUUCUUUGGUGUCCAUGUCAGAUUGACCUACUUUCUAGAUAUGUUACCAACAGCUCUUUCUUCUACACUUACAGUGUUAAUUGCCAAGGUUUAUGGGAGUUGUCACCACUCAACCCCCACACUUCCCUACAUCUUUUGUUCUAGUCUUCGGUUACCUGUCAAAUUGCGGUGGAUGAUGCCCUGUGGUUUACGUGAGUGGAAUUGGGGCGUUUUCUCUUGCUUAUUGAAAUGGGCGCAAUGUGAGCAAACAGUUCAUGGCAAACACUGAAGUGGGUGUCAAUGGUAUCGGCUGUUGGCAAACAUGUCACAUGUCCUGCUGAUUGGAGCAAGCAACGACACGAGAGAGAAAAAAAAAAUCAAACAUUCAAACGUCAAUACUUUCGGAGCAAAUCAAAAUCGUUAUACUUAAAGUCGCAUUCAAAUCUUUGGUUAUUUUUCUAACACAACGUAUCACGUCACGGAUAAUAAGCAAAUGUGACUCAUCGUUUUUAAGCUGCAAAUCUUUAGGUACAAAGGCGGCUUCGGAAACAUAAGAGCUAAGACAUAUUUGCAUAAAACACAGUCACGCUGUGGUUAAAUCGAAAUUUGCUUCUUGGAACUGUUGAAACGGCAGACACACUGAACGUUGUGAAGUUGACUCUUGUCCAGAGGAUUUGGACCGUUCCUUUACUAGCAUUAACAGAUGUCUUUACAGAUGCAUUGCAGUGGUACUUAAGCAGUAUUUGAGGACUGACAUGUCACGGUAUUAUGGACAUCUUCUCUUUCCGCACACUUAGGGUUAAGGUUAAGCCUUAGGGUUAGGGUUAGGGUUAGUUUGCUGCAACAACCCACUGCACUCCUGACUUGUCUUCUAGGAGGCGUCCAUGCUGUUAUUGUCACCUGAUCAGUUACUAGACAACCAGCCUGUAAAACCCCUAUUUUCCACACAUAACAAACCCAAGUGUUUGCAGACACAUACUCUCACUUGUACUUUCGUACUGUUUACACUCACAUAAAUCUGCUCGUAUGUGCUUCCUGACGCGGUCUGACUGGUUCUUCUCCUUCGCAAGAUCUGAGGUCAAGUUCCUCUACGAGAGCAACUAGAAUAAAUGUAAUAAAUGCUACAAUAAAUGGUUUGAUAUGUGAUCACACAUGAAAAACCAGGGCUCUGCCACAUAGUAAGGUGCAGUCUUGGAGGUGUGUAACUAGGCUGCUAUCCAACGCAAACUUCAGACUUUCUUUGCAAUUGAUCCUCGUCACUGCCUCUACCCGAAAGUCAUCUUCAAAUAUACAGCUGGCUCCAUGUGUGUUUGUUCCGUCUUAGCUGUAAUAAAAAUGGGAAUAAAGGGUCCGGCUAUGAGCUUUACAGUUUUUUUUCCUCAUUUAGUAAAAUUUUAACUAUGCAUCAGAUCUGAAAACUUGAAGCUCACGCAUCGGCAAACACAGACCAGCCCCGUGGCUCUCGCACAGGUUGACAUCAUUCAGUAAAUAAAUACACUCGGGAGUAAUCGGGAUCAGUGUAAAAAAAGUAAAAUGGAGUAAAAUAGAGUGGUGUGUUUCACUGCAUCUUGCAUUUUUUUCUCUGUUAAGCGGAAUACAUUUUCUUUUCUGUUUGCAAAUAAAAAAAUAAAGUUUUAUUUUGGUA